AUGACUGCCCGAAUGGAUUUCUACGGACUGACAGACCGCCUCGCCUUCCUCCUAACAUCCAUCCUCGACGAAGACAACGCGCCGCCACCGGAAUUCGCCUCGGCUCUUAGAAGCCACUGCGCGCUGCUGCUUUCCCUAUUGGAGGACGUCGAGCCGCUGGUAGACGCGUGGAGCGCGCAGCGGCAGCAGCUUCGCGGAAACAUCUUGCUUCAGUCGGCAUUGGACGAUUUGAGGGCCGUGCUGGAGGAAGCUUCCGGGUUGCUCUACUGGUGCUCAUUGGCGCGCAGCAAGGCGUACAUCGCGAUCAGCUCGGAAUGGGCAGCGCAGAAGUUUCAGGACCUGACCAUGCGACUGGGCGACGCUCUGCGCGACGCACACUCCGUCGUCGAGCCGUCGCCCGUGCAGCAGCCGCACUGGCACGGGCUGUCGCACGGGCAAGCUUCGGGGUGGCAGUUCCAGGUGCCGCACAUCCUCUCGAAGCUCUCGCGCGCGCAGUACCCCGUAGAGCCCUCCGCCGUCCGCUGCCGCGACACCAUCGCCUCGUUCGUUCCGCCCCCCCAUGCCUGCACCUGCGCUGUUGCCCCCGGACCUGCUUCCCCAACCACCCCGUCCGGACCUGCACGCCGAGCCGCCGCCGCAGCUGCGGCAAGGCGGAAGAAGGAGCAGUUAGGGAAGGUAGAGAGUUGCGCUGGUGCUCCUGCGAGUGGGUGUCUGAAGAAAGAGGGAGGGGGAGGAGAAACGGGAAAAGGGGGAAGGGUGGGUGAAAAGGAGGUUGCAAGGGAGGGAGGCAACAGCAAAACACACCCUUUUCUGGGGCAGCAGCAGGAUGAGGAAAAGACGGGUGGAAAGGAACAGACGGAAAGGGCGUCGGAGAAAACACCUGAAAAAGCACCUGAGGAAACACCUAAGAAGCGGCAUCAGCAGGAGCGUGCAGGAGCCGGGACAAGGGAGAAAUACGCAGAAGCCAUUACUCCGAAGGCAAAAGAGGUGAAAGAGGUGGUGAUGGUGAUGGAAGUGGGCGAAGAUGAAGGAUUGGAGGAGAGGGAAGAGAGGGAGGGGGAAGGAGAAGGAGGGGAAGGAGAGAGAGAGUUGGAGUCUCAGGCGUUUGAGUCUGAACGGAAGGUGCAGCAGUGGUUAGAGCAGCAGCACCAGAAUGAGGGGGAGAUGAUACCGCAGCCAGAGCACCUGACACCUGACCACCUGCCAAAACACCUGGGGCUUGAGAACCAGCAGCAACAGCAACAGCAGCAGCAGCAGCAGCAGCAGCAGCAGCAGCAGCAGCAGCAGCCGCAGCCGCAGGAAAGGAAGGUCAGUGAGAAGAGCAAGAAGAAAGGAGAGGAGAAGAAGCAGGAAAAGGAAAAGCGGGAGGAGGAAAGAGAGAAAUCAAGAGAGAGGCAGGGGGAGCAGAAGACGAAUGCAAUCCCACCGGCAUUUGAUGAAAGAGUGUCGGAGCGUGGAAGAGGGAGAGACAGGGAGAGGGGCAGGGAGAAGGAGAAGGAGAAGGAGAAGGAGAAGGAGAAGGAGAAGGAGAAGGAGAAGGAGAAGGAGAAGGAGAAGAAGGAGAAGGAGAAGGAGAGGGAGAGGGAGAAGGAAAGGGAGAAGGAGAAAGACAAGCUCAGCCGUUCCUCCUCCCUCCCACCCCCUCCCCCCAAGAACCCCCUCCCUGCCAUCUUCCUCCACCCCGCCGAGCCUGCCGAGCUGGUUCGGAUGCUGCAGGGCUCCGAGCCUGCGCGGCUGCACGCAGCGGGGCGAAUCCGCGAGGUGGCACGGGGGGACGAGGACGCGCGGGAGCACUUGAGGCAGGCAGGGGUGCUGCGGCCGCUGCUGGACUGCGUUGCUGCUGCUGCUGGGCUGCCUGUGGGCGUGGAGGCGGUACUGCUGCAGAGCCAGGAGAAACAGGAGAAGCAGGAGGGACCGGGAGGAGGAGUAGGCAUGGGGGAUCCGCUCCCUCUUCCCCCUGGCGCUGCUGCUGCUGCCGGUCUUCCCUACUCUGCGUCUGCUGCUACAAGCUAUCCGUACCCUCCCCCCUCGCCUGCCAUGCCUGGCCUGCCCCUCACAGCACACCCCUGGGUGGCCCCUUCCCCCUCCCACCCUCCCAUCCGCUACUCCUCCUCCGCGCCUGGCUAUGGCAUUCCAGCCACUCCCUUUUCAGAGCGUGCAGGAUCCAUGCGAGCACCUUCCCCCACUCGAACCCCCUCCUUGGCUGCUUCUCACUCAUUCCCAUCUCCUUACCCUGCUGGGUACGGGUCUGCUGCAGCUGCUGCUGCCAAUGCUACUCCCAGGCACCUCUCAGCAGCACACCCUGGCUUUCCCGCACUGCACCACCCGCACACUCCGCAUGCCGGCACCACCCCCUCCCGCUCUCUCUCUUCCGCUACCGCUCCUCCUCUUUCCACCUCCCCUUCUUUCAACCCUGCUCAUACCAACUGGGUUUUAGCAGAGACUGCUACUUUCGCUUUAGUCAACCUCACUCUCGAUCCAGUCAACUGCACUAUAGUCACCGAUCUCGGUGCCGCCCCAAUCCUCGUCCACAUCCUCCGUGCCGCCCCGACCGCCGUCCGGGACGCAGCAAUCGCAGCUCUCUUCGUCCUUUCCUCAUGCGACGCCGCCCGGCUGGACAUCGGCGCGGCCGGCGCGAUCCCGCUCCUCGUCUCCAUCCUACUGGACGAAAAGCCCCAGCGGCAGCCCUCGGCUUGUCCGGCCAACUCAGACCGAGCCAAAGAAGACGCCCUACUCACUCUCCUCAACCUCUCCCACCUCACCUCCAACAAAUCAACCCUCCUUCUCUCCGGCACCCACCGCGCGCUAAUCCACAUUAUAACUCGCGCACCCGGCCACCGGCUGGCAGACAAGGCUCUCGCUACAAUGAGGCAGCUUGUAACGAGGCCGGAGGGGAGGGAGGCGGUGGUGCAGGCAGAAGGGGUGGGUGCACUGGCAAGGGCGUUGGAGCGAGGAUCGGAUAAGGGGAAGGAGGAAGCGACGGCGAUUCUGGUGGUUCUGUGGGAUAACAAUGGCGGGGGGCACAGGAAGGCGAUCAGGGAGAAGAAGAUUGGGAAGCUGCUGACGGCGGUGGCUCGGACAGGCUCGGAGCGUGGGCGAGCAAAGGUGAGUGUGAGGGAAGUGCAUGGAUGUAGAGGGAGAGGAAGAUUUGGAAACUGCUGGCGGCCGUGGCGCGGACAGGGUCUGAGCGCGGGCGAGCAAAGGUGA